AGGGGGAGGCGCCGGGCAGGUUCCGACUCUCCGCGACGCUCCCCAUGGCCGACGCGGUCCGGCCGCGCUCCGCCGGCCGCCGGGCCCGGGGUCCUCGCGCCUCCCGAAACGUCGCAGGCACUAAACAGACAAGUGCCUUGCAACAAGAAGAUGCUUCUAAAAGGAAAGCAGAACUAGAAGCAGCUAUCAGAAAGAAGAUUGAGUUUGAGAGAAAAGCUCUAUGUAUUGUUGAACAGCUUCUAGAGGAGAAUAUAACAGAAGAAUUCCUAAAGGAAUGUGGGAAGUUCAUCACACCUGCUCACUACAGUGACGUCGUGGACGAGCGUUCUAUCGUCAGACUCUGCGGCUAUCCCUUAUGUCAGAAGAAGCUAGGAAUUGUACCAAAACAGAAAUACAAAAUUUCUACCAGAACCAAUAAAGUCUAUGAUAUUACUGAAAGAAAGUGUUUUUGCAGCAAUUUUUGUUAUAAAGCAUCUAAGCUUUUCCAAGCACAAAUUCCUAAAACUCCGGUGUGGGUUCGAGAAGAAGAAAGACAUCCUGAUUUUCAGCUGCUGCAGGAAGGACAAAGUGGUCAUUCUGGAGAAGAAAUACAGUUAUCCAGUAAGGCCAUUAAGACAUCAGAUAUUGACAAUCCUGACUGUUCGGAGAAGCGUGAUGAAUCUAGUUCUUCCAGCACUCACAGUGAUAGUGGCAGUGAUAAUGAACCAGACUUUGUUUCCUCCAUUCUGCCAGGCGGCAGGCCAAAUGCAGCAGGUAUAAUGCCACAGCUGCACAAAAAAAGCAUAAUGAGAAAGAAAGCUGAUCAAAAAGUGAACUCCAACCAUGAAAGCGAAGAGCAGAUAGUAAUAGAUGCCACGGAGCAGUUAGGUCAUUGCAGAUUAGAGAAUCAGGAGAAAGCUUCUGCUUGUGAACCUCCCUUACAGAAAUUAAAUACUCAGAUUUCUUCACAUAGUCCUUCGCAAGAAAAAUUAGAAGCUUCAGAAAUUUCUGAAAGUAAGUGUAGUAGUUCAAAAAUAACUCUUGUAGGCAUAAGUAAGAAAAGUGCUGAGCAUUUUAAGAGGAAAUUUGCCAAAUCAAGUCAGGUUUCUAGGUCAGCUUCUAGUUCAGCGCAGGUGUCCUCUGAAGUUGGAAAGGCAGACUUACUUAAAGCCCUGAAGGAGACCUUGACUGAGUGGAAGACAGAAGAAACCUUGAAGUUUUUGUAUGGCCAGAAUUAUGCUUCUGUAUGUCUGAAGCCUGCUUCAGCACCUCUGGUUAAGGAAGAAGAAUUUGAUGAAGAUGACGUAACCUCUGACCCAGAGAGUCAUUCCCCUGCCUUGCAGGAAUCUCCGAACAGCCUGGAUGAGUCUUUACCGUUUAGAGCCUCAGAUACAGCCAGUAAACCAUUGCCAAGUUAUGAGAACUUGAAAAAAGAAACUGAAACAUUAAAUCUAAGGAUCAGGGAGUUUUAUAGAGGACGAUAUGUUUUGAAUGAAGAAACCACCAAAUCACAAGACUCAGAAGAGCAUGAUCCCACCUUUCCACUGAUAGAUUCAAGUUCUCAGAGCCAGAUUAGAAGACGCAUCGUACUUGAAAAAUUGAGUAAAGUAUUGCCUGGACUUUUGGGGCCUCUUCAGAUUACAUUAGGAGACAUUUACACACAACUUAAGAAUCUUGUCCGGACUUUCAGAUUAACAAAUAGGAACAUUAUACACAAACCUGCAGAGUGGACCUUAAUUGCUUUGGUGUUGCUCUCAUUGCUGACCUCGACGCGCGGCUUCCAGAAACACCCUCGGCCAAAGGCGGCCUUUCCGCAGUUCGAGGCCACCCUGCUGGAAGAGCUGCACUUGAAGAAUGAAGACCUGGAAAGCCUGACCCUCCCAUUUAGAACCAGCUGUUAACCAAGGGGUAUGACCCGUGAUGAUGAAGAGAGCACUUCCGUUCACCUUUGUGGGAACUCUAGCCACAGUAAUUGUCUGCCGGUGACUGACUGGUACAGACUGACUUCCCCAGAGAGAGGAGACCCGUUAUCCCAACAAGGAUAACCAAGUCCUUGCCCUGGCAUCCUAGAUAUAGGACUAUUUUUAUUUAUUUGAAAAUGAAAGUUGCAAUCUUACACCGAAACUUGAGUAUUCAAGAAAAUAUAUUCGAGAAAAUAUAGUGACCUAUAAAUAAGUCUAGUCUUCGUAUCAGUUGGCCAGAAAAUUGAGAAAAUUCCCCUUUUAGUCUCACAGUCUAACUCUAGAUUCUAAAGAACAGUAGAACAGCAAAGAAUUAGAUCAAUAAAUACAAUUUAAGAUUAA